AUGAACAACAUUGCCGGCGGACUUACAGCUGAGGCCAAGGCCAAUAUGCUUGCGAACCUCCAAAUCGAACUCAACUCGCGCAUUGAGAAGCUGCGAUCCCAGUGCGAGGCUCAGUGCGCCAGUAUGCAGUCGCGCCUCGAGCGACGCGUCAACCGCAUCCCGGUCGUGACGCGCCAAACCACACUCGCCAACCUCCUCAAAGCAUCAGCACCAGUACAACUUAUUGUCGCGCCUGCCCCACCAACCAAGGUCACAACUACAACCGCCGUCAUCACAACAUCGACUACCACUACUGCCGCCACCAAGAAGGCAGCCGGUACUGGCACUGCUGGCCGCAAACCUCGCAAUGCUGCUCCCAGCGCGCCUUCUUCAAGACCCGCAUCCUCUCCAGAAGUGCGCAUCAAGUCCACUUCCACAACCAAGACUACCAAUACCAAGACUGUCCCCACAUACGCCAAAGCAACAAAGACGGCCCGAGCGAAGAAGCGCAGCAGCGACGAACUGUCUGGCGAGGACAAGGAAAACUCCGAAUUGCCUGUGCCCAAGAAGCGCACUAGAAAUGUUGCUCCCAAGACUGAAGUCGAGAAGGCUGAAAAAGCCGAGAAGAAGACGACGGCCAGUGGCAUCACACGUUCGACUCGGGCUGGAUCUCGCACCAAGCCUGCGGGCGGCCAUGUACUGUCUCCCAAGACCAACGCAGCCAACGCGCGCAAGCCCGCUCCUACUGCGCGUAGCGUCCGCCCCCGGUAG